GUUAGUGACUUUGAGACAAUGAUUCCCACGGGAUUGUUAUUACUUCUGACUGCCUGCUGUGUGUCCCUGGCAUCCGCCGGAUUUGGCCUGGGCUUCGGUGGCGGUGGCCUUGGACUGGGAGUUGAUAGCGGUGGCUCUUCUGCCCAAGCAAGUCUUCCUGGAUUGAAUCUGGGUGGAGGAUACAAUAAUGGAAAUCCGACUGGCCUUUCUGCCAGCGCAUCACAUAACACUGGAUCUUCUGGAUCGAUUCUGCAUCAGGCUGCCAACGGUCUGCUGGGCGCUGCAGGAACUGGAGCCAACGUAGUCCACUCGGUGGGAUUAACUGCAGCCUCUCACGGGGCUCAGGCCGCCAAUGGACUGCUGGAAGCAGCAGGAGCUGGAGUCAAUGCUGUUCACUCUGCAGGAUCAACUGCAGCCAAUCACGGAGCUCAGGCUGUAAACGGUCUUUUGGGAGCAGCAGGAUCUGGAGUCGAUGUGGGGCAUUCUGCAGGAUCCACUGCGGCUUCCAUUGCGGCUAAUCACGUGCACAAUGUCGCCUCUGGAAGUUCAGCUUCCCUGGGUCCUGAGCAUUUGAGUCAUUCAGACUCUGCUCCAUUGCACUCCGAUCACAUAAGUAUCGGAUCCUCUGGCAGCAGUGAAUCCUCCGGAGUUACAGGUGCUAGUGGCCUCCAUUCCAACUCCGGUUCAGCGACCAUUGGAGCUGCUAACGCAGUGCUAAAUGCAGCGGGAUCUGGAGCUUCAGGAUCAACAGCUGCCGCCCAUGGAGCUAAGGUUGUCAAUGGACUACUAGGAGUGGCAGGAACCGGAGCCAAUGUGGUACACUCCCCAGGAUCCACAGCAGCAUCCCAUGGAGCUCAGGCCGUUAAUGAAGUUCUAGGAGUGGCAGCAACUGGAGCCAAUAUGGUACACUCCCCAGGAGUAACUGCAGCAUCCCAUGGAGUUCAGGCCGUUGAUGGAGUUCUAGGCGUGGCAUCAACUGGAGCCAAUGUGGUACAUUCCGCCGGAUCAACUGCAGCAUCUCACGAAGCUCAGGUCGUCAAUGGAGUUCUAGAAGUGGCAGCCACUGGAGCCAAUGUAGUCCACUCUGCAGGAUCAACUGCAGCAUCUCGUGGAGCUCAGGCCGUUAAUGAAGUUCUAGGAGUGGCAGCAACUGGAGCCAAUUUAGUCCAUUCUGCAGGAUCAACUGCAUCAUCUCACGGAGCUCAGGUCGUUAAUGGAGCUCUGGGAGUGGCAGCAACUGGAGCCAAUGUACUCCACUCUGCCGGUUCAGUUGCUGCCUCCCUAGGAGCUAAGGCAGCAGAUAAAGUGGCCAGCGGAAUUGUUGACAGUGCAUCUUCCGGUCAUUUAACCAUUGGGUCGUCUGGCAUUUCGAGCUCCAGUUCGCUGGACACCAAUUCUGGCUCUGCUUCGACUGGCAAUGGACACCUAAGCUUAGGUACUUCCGAUGCUAGCUCUGCCAAAAUAACUGCCGAUCACGCCAGUAUUUCCUCUUCCUCGACUGGUUCUCAGCAUUCUGGAUCUGUACAGGCUGGCUCUGCCAAGAUCACAGCUGGACAUGCCAAUAUCGGAUCUUCUGGAAGCAAGGUGGUUGCCUCCAACGCCGCAACUGUCAGAGGUGGUCAUCUCGAUGUGGGUACCACUGGAUAUAGUGCAAUGCAAGGCACCUCCACAUAUCACAAGGUAGAAUCUUCGAAGAUCUCAGUCGGACAUGUGAACAUCGCAUCCGCUGGAGGAUCCACAUCCGGCGAAUCCACUAGUCAGCUUGGAGCAUCAGGUGCAACUGGUCCUGCAUCUCUGGGACUCGAAUCUGCUGAUCAUCUGAGCAUUGGUUCAUCGGCAGCUGGCUCCCAUGGGGUCGGAAAUUUGAACAUUAAGAGUUCUGAAACAACUUAUUCAUCGAAAACCCAAUCAUCCAAGUUCAGUGCUAGUCAUGCUCAUAUAAAUUCUGGAUCUGCAUCUAUCGGUGCCUUUGGAACACAGGCAGGAUCUGCCCAUAUCAAGACCGAAAUCAAAAAAAUGGAAUCAUCAUCUUUGCACAGCGGUUCAGGCGCUGCCACUUCUGGAUCUUCUCAAACUGCAUCGAAUCCUGUACCUCUUGGGAUUGGACAGUUGAAUAUUGGUACUUCGGAAUCUACUGACUCCGGCUCAGCUUCCCUUGAUAUUGGCCAUCUAAACAUUGGAACUACUGGAGUAACUGAUUCCAGUUCAAAGGGAUCUCCAUCUGGUCACUUGAGCAGCGGAUCAUCCGGAAUCUCAGGAUCUACUGGUUCUCGUGCAGAAUCUUCAAAGAUCAGUGCCGGACAUUUGAGUAUCGGGUCCUCUGGAAAUACCGCCGCUAGUUCUUUGCACAGCGGUGCCGGAUCAAUUUCUCUUGGAUCUGGUGGCCUGACAGUCGGAGCGAAUGGACACAAAUCCACAACAUCUGGUUCAGUUGAAUAUACUGGUGCCCAUGAGGCUGCAUCUCUAGCCCACGGUGUUGCCAGCGGACUGCUGGGACCAGCGGCGGGAUCGGAAAGCCUCUCUCUUGGAGGUAACACAGCAUCCGUGGGGCCGGAUGGCACUCCAGGAGGCUAUCAUAAGGGAAGUGUCGGUCUCAAUGGAAACGGUCUUAGCCUCGGGGGAAAUCUAGCUGGAAAUUCUGGUAGUGCCGGUCUUGGCUUUGGCGGCGGUCACAUUGGUGGAUCCAUUAACCGAGGUGCUGGACUUUUCCUUGGCUAACUUAAGUAGUAUUUGCACUUUAAUAUUUGAAGUAUUCCUUAGUAUUGAAAAAGUAACUUCGCAAUAUUUAGAAGAGAUCAAAACAGUCCAGAUAAGAAAAAUAUAUGUAUACAUUAACAUUUUCAUGUAAAUAUGUAUAACCGAUACUUGAAGAGGGACCAUUAUUGACGCCACAAAGAAUUUACAUUAAUUCUUUAUCAGGAUAACUGGUACAUGCUAGUUCGUCACCAAAUGUUGAAAGUUCACAAAAGGUGACAUGCAAGAUAUUCCUCUGUGUGAGUUUGACAGGAUGGUAUCUGGCCAAAAUCCCAGCGUUCGUUUACUUUUAUAAAAUGAUAAAAAAAAGAUAGACUUUAAAGUUAAGAUUUGCGUUAUUGAUGAAAUAAACGACCCUUUAGGAAGGAGUGGAUCUUUCCUUUUAAUAA